AAAAAAAAUUGAUUUAUUUUACAUUUUAAUUUUUAUCGAUUGAAAUAAUAUCUAAGGAAAUAUCACAUAUUGAAUUUUUUGUUGUAGUAUUUUUCCAAUUGUUAGAUGCUAACUGAGGUUAGUUUAAGCUAUUUCGGACUUAGGUUAAACUGCCACUAUUUUUUAUAUUGACACUUUUAUCGUUUUAUCAAAAAAAAAAUUAUUUACCCCAGACUGACCUUGUAUUGUCUAACCACUAAAUUAUGUGGCGAAGCAGACAAGGGAUGUUUUGUUGGUUGCGGUUGUUGGUAGAGUUCGGCAGUGUUCUGUCUGUGGAUUUGGAAGAUGGUGGUGCGAAUGCGUGUUUAUUCCAUCCUAUAAUUAACAAGCAGUAGACAGCGGUAGUCUUGAUAGAGAGACUGAAAGCAAGAUAUUAGCAUAAGCAAGCAGUAAGCGUUGGGCUAUUCUCAUGUCCAGGAUGGCAUUUUUUGCAGUUGUGUGAUCAUGAAUCCCACAAGUUUUCAUCAGCAGAUGAGUCAAUGAGGUGUUUCAUGAAGAAUUUUUAUUUUUGCCGAUCUAACCAGAAUAGCUUCUUUGUCGUUCUCUGAGGUUGUUGAUGCUUAACGCUUUCUCACAGCGACAUCGCGCGGCGCGAUUCUGAUUUUGCGACCUCAGCUUCAGCGUUCGCUCAUGGAUACAUUAUGGGCGGGUCCAAGUGCUGGUGAAAGAACCAGUUUGCUUGCAGCUGCACUCUUCGCUAUUCUUUCUCACAUUGGAGCUCACGUGCUCAGAGGAUUUGCCCAAGAAGUAGAGCGUGGAGGUGAUACCACAACCUGGAUGCCCCAACACGUGGAGCAUCGCAUUCCAGUAAUGCACCGCUUGUGCUCUUGAACCAGUUUAAACAUCGCCGUCAACCUCUCAAGAUAUGCGAAGGUGAAAAUUGCAAUGCCUAGGUAGCUGAAGAGCAGGAGGUCUAGGGCCCAAACGGCGACUCCAACCACCUAGCACAACACAGCUGCAGGUCUCGUGCAUGUGCAGGUGACUUAACUAGAUUGAUUUCCAAAUGCUCAGCUAUACGUACCAUUUUAUUACAAUUGCAAACUAGUUAAAACAUUGAUCAAACUUAUCUAUUUGGAAAGUUUUAGAAAAAAUUGUGCU